CAAAUGGGUUCAGUAAAGCAAAGAACACUUGGAUGUUUCUAAAUCACCGAAUUUGCUAGCAUCUCGUGGAAUAUCACAGCCUGCUUUGCAAAUCGAUAUGCGAAUCUCCAUAAGUUGCGGCCGUUCCUCCACAAUCUCCAACAGGAAUGACGCUCGCGAAGAUCAGGAGCUCACACCACAACGAACAAUCUCGCGACAUAUAGUUAAGCGGCCACCGCUUCAGCAGCCUAUAUUUCCACAAAAUCCCAUUAUAAGACCCAAUUUUGGUGUGCCAAGCCGAGCUUCCGCAAGUAAAGGUCGAUAUAGAACUGGCAUUGAUCGAAGCUCGAAUAUCACAUCCCCAUUUAUGCGACUACCACCGGAAUUGCGAGUUUGCAUAUACCGAUAUAUCAUCCCACCGUCAGAUUCAAAAUUCAGAGUCUAUACGGAUUGUAGCCAAACAUACACGGAUCGAAAGUGGGAUGUGCAACGACCCCGCUUGACUAGCGAUAACAACCCAGAUUCAUUGGCUCUUCUUCGAAUCAACAAGCUGAUCUACUACGAAGCACUUUCAGUGUUGUAUUCGGAGAAUACGUUUCAUUUCAUAGGUUGCAAUUUUCUGCCCAUCAUCGAUUUUAUCAGGAAGCUAAGCCCUGAUGCGAAAGCACUGGUGAGGCAGCUAAAGAUCACUAUGUUGCCCGAGGCAAGACAUUUGACAGGUAGCCAACUGGAGCUGUUUUGUCGGGUGGUUCACGAGUGGCUCCCUGGAUUGAAUGCGUUGGCUAGCGAUACAUGGAUGUGGAUCUAAGAGAGUCGGUAGUAGAUUCUUUGGGUUAUUUCUCACGCAUAGAAUUGAAUAUCUAGAGUUACAAGCCACCAUACGAUUUAGGUUAAUGAUGAGUCUUGGCUGUGCAUUCGAUCGCUUAUACUCUGCGCUUGUGGAGCUUUAAGUAAAUGCACAUUAAUAACGGAC